AUUACGAGCUUUUUCUUCAUCUUCUUCUUCUUCUUCUUCGUCGUCUUCUUCUUCUUUCCCAAUGCUUACUACCCAAUCCCGUCUUCUCAUCACCCUCAAUCCCCAACGCCGCCACCCGUCCCAAUCUGUCGUCCAACAUUGCAAUCCAUCCACUCAUCUCUCCUUCAAUCGGAUUGCUCCCUGUCUUUCCACUCAGUGGAGAGCUUCGAUCUCGGCAUCAAUGGCAGCUGUUGAUUCCUUGGAGAUGGACCGGUUCGUGGAGGUUGGGAAGAAGGUUGCUGAUGCUUCCGGAGAGGUCAUCCGCAAGUAUUUUCGUCAGCCAUUUGACAUCAUUGACAAGCCUGAUCUCAGUCCUGUGACUAUUGCUGAUAGAGACGCGGAGGAGUCCAUGGUUUCAAUCAUACUGGAGAAUUUCCCUUCUCAUGCGAUUUUCGGGGAGGAGAAUGGAUGGAGGUGUAAGGAGACGUCUGCAGACUUUGUCUGGGUUUUGGAUCCCAUUGAUGGGACAAAGAGCUUCAUUACUGGCAAACCUUUGUUCGGAACUCUCAUUGCUCUUCUGUACAAGGGAAAACCAAUCAUUGGUAUCAUUGAUCAACCUGUUCUUAGAGAAAGAUGGAUUGGGGCUGAUGGAAGAUGUACUACAUUAAAUGGACAAGAAGUUUCUACUCGUUCUUGCAGCAAACUGUCUGAAGCCUAUCUAUACACGACAAGCCCUCAUCUUUUCAGUGGGGAUGCUGUAGAAGCUUUUGCGCGUGUAAGAAACAAGGUGAAAGUACCAUUAUAUGGCUGUGAUUGUUAUGCUUAUGCCCUUCUCGCAUCUGGGUUUGUUGAUCUUGUCAUCGAAUCUGGGCUUAAGCCCUAUGAUUUUCUUUCGUUGAUACCCGUAAUAGAAGGUGCUGGCGGGAGAAUAACAAAUUGGAAUGGGACUAAACUUAACUGGGAGGCAUCUCCAGAUUCUCAAGUUAAAAGUUUUAACGUUGCUGCUGCGGGAGAUCCUAAGCUUCAUCAACUUGCAUUGGAUGCCCUUCAAUGGUGUGAAAGUUAAUUUAAUCUCAUCUAUUGCAAGUCUGUUAGCUCUUCCCUAACUUAAACAGCAGAUUGGGGAACAACAUCAAUAAAAUGCCAUUUCUGUAACCAUUCUUGAGACAGGUAAUCUGUGGUAGUUUCAAGGUGUUAUCUAUUUUGAAUACACUUAAGGACAUUCAUGAAUAAAUGAAACAUAAACCAAGCAUUAGUGUGGUGA